GGCAUGAGGAGUGUACUAAACCAUUAAACCCUUCCUCAGCUACUCAGUUCCUCCUCUCCCACCACAGGAGGCUCAUGUGACCCUCCUCCUCCUCCUCCUCUUCCUCUUCCUCCUCCUCUUGAGCACUCGAUUAUGCCGGUGGAGAGGUCGCCCCCCGCACCCACCAGCCCCCUUGGCAACCCCCCUGCCCCCUUUCUGGCUGCAAACGGGCAUGAUGGAGUGGCUGUAGCGUCGACCCACAAGAGUACCAUGGAGCAGAAUGGGUUGGAGCAGAAUGGCGCCACAACACACCCCUACAUUGAGUCACCUCCUCCCAUGCCUUGGUUUGGUAUGGACAUCGGAGGAACCCUGACCAAGCUGGUGUACUUUGAGCCCACGGACCUGAGCGAGGCAGAGGAGGAGAGCGAGGUGGAGACUAUCAAGAACAUUCGGAAGUACCUCAAGAGCAACUCAGCCUAUGGGGAGACGGGCCACCGAGACGCCCACCUGCAGAUGGAGAACGUGAGCGUCGGCAACAGGAUAGGAACACUCCACUUCAUCCGGUUCCCCACCUCGGAGAUGCCACAGUUCCUCGAGUUGUCCAAGAGCAAGGGCAUGGCCACCCUCGCCUCAACCAUCUGUGCCACGGGCGGGGGAGCCUACAAAUUUGAGCAAGACUUCCAGCGCGUGGGUAUCAAAGUGUGCGUCAGCCCCUCUCCCCCCCCAGCUGCCGGAGGACCCCCAGGUGAGGUGAAUCUGACCCUGCACAAGUUUGACGAGCUGGACUCCCUUAUCCACGGCAUUGAGUACAUCGAGGACAACAACAUGGACCGGGAAUGUUACUACUUCCUCAACCCCCGCUGUGAGGAGCUCUGCCAGAAGGUCACUUUCGACUUCAGCAACCCUUACCCCUUCCUGGUGGUAAACAUUGGCUCCGGGGUCAGCAUUCUAGCAGUGGACGGCCCCGACAACUACCGUAGGGUCUCUGGCACCAGUCUGGGGGGCGGCACGUUCCUGGGUCUGUCGUGCCUCCUCACCGGGUGCAAGAGCUUUGAGGAGGCCAUAGAGCUGGCCGCCCGCGGCAACAACGAGAAUGUGGAUAAGCUGGUGAGGGACAUCUACGGAGGCGACUACCAGAGAUUUGGCCUCGGCGGGGACAUUGUGGCCUGCAGCUUCGGGCACAUGAACAGUGCCGAGAAGAGGGCCAAGGUGUCGCGCGAAGACCUGGCCUGCGCCACGCUCAUCACCAUCACUAACAACAUUGGCUCCAUAGCCCGCAUGGUGGCAGCCAAUGAGAAGAUCGAAAAGGUCCUGUUCGUGGGUAAUUUCCUGCGCGUGAACCCCAUCUCCAUGAAGCUCUUGUCCCACGCAAUGGAGUUCUGGUCGGGGGGUCAGCUCAAGGCGAUCUUUUUGGAACAUGAGGGUUACUUCGGUGCGGUGGGAUGCAUGCUGGAACUCAUGAGGACGGGGGAGCUUGCCUCCUGCUCAGGGUGAUCGUGUCUGUGCUUAUUAGAAAGUAUUUAUUGUUCUUUGAAGUUUAGAUAGAGUUUACGUUGUGUACAUAAGCAGUUCUUAAUCCAGUAUACCACAAUGGAGCUAGAGUAAUAUAUGAUAAAUAUUAUAUAUAUAUAAAUAGCUAUAUAUAAUUAUUUUGUUGUGAAAAAAAAGUUUCAUUUUUCGUGAGUUGUGACUGAGGCACAAGAGAUAUUUUGUACAAUGUUUUAGUAUUUUGGUAGCUAUUUUUAUAUGGAUUGCAUGCAGUAUGUUUCGUCAGCUUUCCCCGAGAGGUCAGGAAGGAGGAGAAAGGUGCAGCGAAAGAAGGGUUCCAGACCAGACCAGACCAGACAGGCAGUGCUCACCCCCAGCCUCCCCACCCUCCAGCACAUUUACUUUGGGUUGGCAGUCGACACCCUCUCCUUCCUCAGCACACAAAUACCAGAGACCAUCCACCUCAUUACCUUUACCUCUAAACGCUUACUCUAGGUUGGCAGUUCAGUCCUUUUCCUUCCUUUCCCAGCACACAAUUACCAGAGACCAUCCCCCUCAGCACUGCCUCUAAACACUCACUCUAGGUUCACAGUCCACUCCCUUUCCUUCCUUUCUCAGCACACAAAUACCAGAGACCAUCCCCCUCCAGCACUGCCUCUAAACACUCACUUUAGGUUCACAGUCCACUCCCUUUCCUUCCUUUCCUCAGCACACAAAUACCAGAGACCAUCCCCCUCUGCACCACCACCUCUAAAUGCUUACUCUAGGUUGGCAGCCAGUCCUUCUCCUUCCUUUCCCAGCACAAAUACUUGAGACCAGAACCAUAUAAUAGGAGAGUUCUUUUAAUUGUCUGUAUUCCUCAAUUGUUCUCUGUAUUUCUCUUUUUUUCUGUAUUUCACUCUCCUCUCUCAUGUAUUUGGUAAGGUCUUAUGUUCGCUUUCAUGUAGUCCCUUCUUCUUUGUCUCUUUCUUCUUCUACUUCCUUUUCUUCUUCUUUUUCUUCCUGGUUCUGCAGCUCUAAAAGUAAAGUUUGGGGCAUAGUCCAUAGCUGCCACUGAGGGUUAUUGGGUCCAAGUCCGGUCCCUCGAAGUCCUGCUUAAAAUUUCCUACACUCAGGUUCUCCGGCCUUCUCCAGGUACACAGUCAGUCAAUCAGACACUGCGUUGAACAUUGACGAGCUGUUGACGGACUUACGUAUGAAAUAACGUGCCUUUUUCACCCUCCUUAGCCUUCUUCCACUCCUCUCCUAUACCCUUCUCUGCCUCCUUCCUCUCUACUCCUACUCCUGGACCUUUCUCAGCCUUCCUCUACUCCUUUCCUACUCCUACACCUUCUUUAGCUCCCCUCCACUCCCUGUCUUAUUCCUAUUCCACCUUCCUCUGCUUCCUUUCACUCUCCUACUCCUAUACCUUUAUCAGCCUCCUUCCUACUCCUCUACCUUUCCCUGCCUCCUUCCACUACCCUCCUCUUCUUACUCCACCUUUUUCAUCCUCCUUCCACUCUCCUCCUAAUCCAUAUGCAUUGCCGCGUGGAGAGAGAUUACCGAGUCCAGUUUAGAUUAAUGUCACCCUCGUAAACAAACUACCAAGGUCAUUUUUUUCACUGAUUUAUGGAUACUUGGCACAAUCGGUUUAUUUAAUUAUGUGGCGCACCUUUUGAGAGGGCUGUUGUGGUCGUUCUAUCGGGUUCUAAAAAUUCACCUUCUUAACUUGUCUGCCUUUCUGUGACCUCUUUCUGUUUACACUUUUGCAGGAGCAGUGAUGGGCAAGCUUUUUUUAUUCCUUUCCAUGUUUAUUACCCUUGAGUGUUUUCCCUUACUGUAAAUAAAAAUAUAUCACAUCGACUGGAAUACAACAGCGACAAAUGAAGGUAGAAAAAUGACUCCGGCAGUUUGUUUACGAAGGUUACGGUGGGUUAAUUUUCUUGCCUGUAACCGUACGUCUCGGCAGGUGGUCAAGUUAUGAUCAUUACGGUAGCUGGUUUUGGUCCAACAUCUUAUUAGCGUUAGUCCGACGUGUUUGGUUUGGUUUCGUCCUCUCGAGGGGAAAGAAAAGUCUGGUGUCGAAGCGAGGGAACAAGUAUCCUCAAGAACGUGGUGCCGCAGUAUUAUCAUUAGUACAUUACCGUUUUCUUGGCAUUUUAAGGAAUACUCUGUUGUUUUCCUUGUACGUAAACUGCACAAAUACCUACGUUGCAUUUCAUAGUCUGUAAGCUCUGUGUUAUUCAGUUGCUUGUAUCUCGUAUUGUCAGAAGGAAGUCGUCUGUAAGGAGAGGAAGGGAUCAAGCUCGUGCAGAUAAUCUCUCACUGUUUGUAUGGUACUAAGUUAAGUGUGUUGUCAUUUCUUAGCCGAAGCAUGUGCCAAAACAAGCUUCCUCAUCUUUUACAGCGUUGAUUUUGUGAAGCUUGGUCAUCGGAAGCUUAGGUCAUGGACAGCUUGUAGCCAUAUUAAAUUUUCUUGUUAGUUUUUCAAAGAGUGAUAAAAGUGUAGAUAUAAUUUUCAGCUGUCCAUUAAGAAGAAAUAUUGGUAAAUUUGUGGAGAUCGGUCAUCGGAAGCAUAGGUCACGGACAGCUUAUGACCAUAUUAAUAGUUUGUGUUAGGUUUUCAAAGAGCGACAAAACUGUAGAUAUAAUUUUCAGGUGUCCGAUAAGAAGAAAUAUUAGUAAAUUCGAGAAGCUAGGGUCAUGGACAGCUUGUAGCCAUAUUAAUUUUUCAAAGGGCAUAUCAAAGUGUGGAUAUAAUUUUAUGCUGUCCAUUAAGAGGAAAUACUAGUUACUUCAGUGGACAACUUGGUAGCCUUCAUGUGUGUCUUUUCUGUUUCAUAUUUAUCAAAGAGCACUGGAACUCACUGAUACCCUUGGUGGUUUCUAAACUUUAAUGCUCUCCAAGUUGUGAUGUGACUUGUAAGCUUCCAUGCAUAACAAUACUACUCUUUACUGGAAACUCACAUCAACCAGGAACUAGGAUGUUACGUCUUCGUUGGUAACCUUGCUGACGGCACAGGGACGAACACAGAAGACGAUCGUGUGAUUCGUAAACUUCCGUUCACAACAGUGUAACGUCUCUUUCUACCAAUUCACACAAAGCAGGAAGCACAAAAACUCAAGCACUCAUUUGUUGUAAGGUGAUAACUCAUCAGUUGUCCUUGGUCUUGAUGGCAAUAGAGGAGAGAGAUGCUUUUCAUGAGAUUACUAAUAGCAGGUUAACUUACGCAAGAUACAAAGUGAUUCCUUCUCUCCAGUUACUUUUGGAAUGGUAACAGAACAGAAUAUAUUUUUUUAAAGGAUGCAACAAGCAGGAUCACAAUGAAGUUAGCAUUCCAUGUAAUCUUUCUGAAAUAGACCAAUUCCAUAUGGCUUUCAUACACAACUAAUUACAGCCUCUUAACAAAAUGGCACCUACUUAUAUACAAGCAAGUUACUCCUAUUAUUGACGUUUCAGAGAUAAUCAUUUAGAAUCAACCCAGAAAUUGGUUACGUCGCCUGGUUUGUUUUGGUGACUGGUUGCGUUUACCGUUUACUAUCACGAAUGUGUCAUGAAAAUUAUUUAUCUGUAUAACACUUGCCUGGUUUUGGUGUAUAAUGAAAAGUAUGAUUGGUAUGCCUGUCUUAAUAAGCAGUUUUAUGACAUGGAGUAAGGUCUGUAGGAAGUCUAAAUCACUGAGCCUGCCUUGGGACACCUGUGAGAGGCCGUUAACCAGUGCAGGUGUGAGGUGCCAGGCGACAUAUCACUAACCUCAGAAAUGGUGUGUGUGUGUGUUUGUAUGAGUAUACGAGUGAAUGUGUGUGUGUGAUAGCAGUGGCCUCCCAUUAGGUUCAUUUUUUGUGUAAGUGCGUAUGUGAUGUGUAUAUUACGUCGUGCAAUAUUGGUAGUCACGCUGAAGAUGUAUAUAGUAUUACAGAGAUUGUUACCAGAGCACAUUUGCCCCUCUGGCUGGACUGUGGUUAGUGGGUGAAGGUGGACAGCAGUGUGGCUGAAGUAAAAUUAUAUAUCUAAAUAAAUGACAAUUCAUGAGAUACAAUUCUCA